UCGGAAGGGAGCUGCUUCUCUGUGGUCUUCCACAAGAGCUGCCUGGGCUCUGCUGGCUCAGUAAUAACUGAGUGACCUUUUCUUUUGCUGUAUUAUGUCUGGCUGGUAAGGGAUUGCAUUUUGCAGCUGAUAAAGCCCUGACUUCAUUCAACUCGGCUCCUCACACGCUGCUUUAGGAGAAGAGCUACAAAGCAGCCACUGUGCUUAUUGAACUGCCUCCCCUCUAUCGCUUAAUUGAGAAGGUAUACAAAUGCUCUCAGUCCAGCCAGACACCAAGCCGAAAGGUUGUGCUGGCUGCAACCGUAAGAUUAAAGACCGGUAUCUUCUAAAGGCCCUGGACAAAUAUUGGCAUGAAGACUGCUUGAAAUGUGCCUGCUGUGACUGCCGCCUGGGGGAGGUGGGCUCCACUCUGUACACCAAAGCCAACCUUAUCCUUUGUCGCAGAGACUACCUGAGGUUAUUUGGCGUUACAGGAAACUGCGCUGCCUGCAGUAAGCUCAUACCUGCUUUUGAGAUGGUGAUGAGAGCUAAGGACAAUGUUUAUCACCUGGACUGUUUUGCAUGUCAACUUUGUAAUCAGAGAUUUUGCGUUGGAGACAAAUUUUUCCUGAAGAACAACAUGAUUCUGUGCCAGACAGACUAUGAGGAGGGUUUGAUGAAAGAAGGUUAUGCACCCCAGGUUCGCUGAUCUGAUGCCGCACCGUUAAGAAUACAAAGCACUAUGUUCUUUUAUCUUUUUUGCUCAACAUGUAUAUAAGAAAUGACACAGGAACCUACUGAAUAGCGUAGAUAUAGGGAGACAGAAUGGUUGCGUGAAAUAAAAGGCGGACUGCAUCUGUAUGUAGUGAAAAUUGCUCCAGUUCAGAGUUGAAUGUUAAUUAAAAAAGGUACUGUACAUACAGCUGGAUUCUUUUGCUUGCUAUUGGGGUUUUUGGUUUAUUUGUUCGGGCUUUUUGUUUGUUUCUUUUUGUGUCACUUGGCAUGAGAUGUUUAUUUUGGACUAUUGUAUAUAAUGUAUUGUAAUAUUUGAAGCACAAAUGUAAUACAGUUUUAUUGUGUUACCAUUUGUGUUCCUGUUUGCUUCUUUGUAUUGUUGCAUUUAGUACAAUCAGUGUCUAAACUUACUGUAUAUUUAUGCUUUCUGUAUCUAUCAGCUAUUUUAAAUGAGCUGUAUCUUUCUAGUAAAAGGAAUUAAAGAGCAAAUCCCAACCAUUA